UUCUAAAACGCUUAAAGCGUUAGUUCUAAUUUUUAGAAAUGCGUUACGAAGCGUCAAUAAAAUGUAUUCCGCGCAUUCUGAUGUAUGGGAUUCACGAAUUUAUGAAAUACUUUAUUUAGUCAUCUUUAUUUUCCUGUUCUGUGAUCUGGCUAUGGCGGAAAACGUUCGACGUUCAGCUUCUUAUGAUAUUUUAAAUGACGAACAAAAAAAGAUCUUGAAGGAUUAUUAUGAUCGAGGAAUGAUUUCAACAGCAGCUAGUAUGAGGGAUGUCAUCCAAGAAGCUGCGAACCAAGCUAAUAUCACGUUUGAAAGAGUCAAGAAAUGGAUUGGGAAUGAAAAGCAGUCCAGAAAAAGAAAAGCCAGCUCUCAUCAAGAUGAGGAGUUAAGACUGUGCCCUUCAAAGCGUAGAACUACAGCAUAUAAUCUUUUUUGCUCACAUAUGCUGAACUCAGAGGAAUGCAAGCAGCUGAGCUCUAAUUCUGAGAGUUGA